GCCAGAUUAAGCAUAUCAUGCAUAGCACCAUUACAGAUUACCACCUGAAUAUUUAAGAAUCAUCCAAUACCGAGCCAUACUGUAACGUAUACAUAUUAUUACAAACAGGUGGGAUGGGAUCUGUGAGCAUCGACAGUACACUAUUGGACACCAACAAUGUUGUACAGACCAAGAUUUUCAGCUCAGUGGAGAGAUCACCACAACGUCGUGGAUGUGAUCGGUAGCUGUAGUAACAGACUACACCAGUCUCAGUCUUGGAGCGAACUGUUCGGAUCUAUUGGCUUGGGUUGAAUUCCCCCAAGUAGUAUGCAGAAUGGCACUGACUCCAGAUAAGUGGGAUGGUUCAUGGACUCGACCUGUAAGUGGCACUGCCUACAUGCAUGUCAGUAGUAGAUACUUGCACACUUCGUUCAUUCGGCGUCUUUGCCCCAGAAGACAAUGGGGAUAUCGAGUUGCGUACUAGGGACUAGGUAUGGAUUUACGGCGCAUAUGCUGGACUACCUGCGAAAAAUCAUGUGAGCCAAGUCGGGACCAUUUACGACUCCGCAAGUUACGAGACUAUUCCUUCAGUCGGUCACGAAACAAGCAGUCCAGUACGCAUAGUAUUGCAUCGAGAUCCAAUACAUUAGCGGUGAGCUGAGAACUCAAACUCAGUGAAUCGCCUCCACUCAGCUCCCCAAAGAUUCGCCUUGUCUCUGGCAGGCAGUAUGUCCUUUUGGUCAUCAGUCGCCUUCCAAGUAUUUUUCAUAUCUGGCAACAUUAAUCUACACGUCACACAGCUCCAAACAAAGCGGGCUUCCCGGAGCAGUGGCCGAAACCCCUGAGGUAUCCUUCGAAACAAUGGAUGGAUUUCUAGUUUUAUAUGUGUUUCUUUAUUUUUAUUUCAUUUAUUUACUUUGAUUACGGAGUACUUUCUUCUCGUUUGGGAAGGGGUAUCACCCACGCGACUAUGGUUUGACAGUUGUGAUAUCCACCCGGUUUCCACCACUCGGAUGACUUACAGAUCUGGGUAAUCAGUUUAGAUUAUCAAGCGCGUACUCCAUA